AUGCCGCAAACUACAAUCCAUGAGAUUAGACCUCAACGCCCAUUCGCGGCAGAAUUUCCACUCAGCCUGAUCGAUGGCCUUAUGCCACGCAUCAACAACAGAUACCUGUUCAUCUGGGAGACAGCAAGGAUAUCGACUCAAAGUCUUUCUGCCACGCGCGAAGAUCUGGUCUUCAGACUGAUCGCGGCUCUACAGAGCCUUCUGACUUUCCCGGAAGACGGAGUUCUAGCAUUACCAGAAAUUCUCGGCAAUGUACACGAAAAUCGUGUGACUGGUCGACUCACUCUGAAGGUCUCCGAGGAGUCUCAUGUUCCCUUCAGAGUCACUUACCGAAACGAUAUCACAUUUGAGUCUCUUGACCAGCUAGCGGGAUUCCCACGAUGCAAUUUCCCAGCUGAGGUAUAUGCAACAGGCAUGGACGCGCUUCCGACGGCAACUCCAAUGAAAGGCUUCUGCGCACAGAUCACAUUCAUCGACGGCGGCUUCGUGAUAUGUGUCACCAAGCACCACUCUCUACUCGACGGCAAUGCACUCGCAUUCCUGAUCAAGCAAUGGUUCUCAAGAGCCCGGUCGCUCACUACUGGAGAGGAUAUUGCUGUGCUUCCACCUGCAACAUGCAAUGCGAUUCAUGAGAAGUCCGCCCUUUCUUCCACCCGACCUGUACAAGCAGUCAAGAUCUCCGACUGGUCUGUCAAGGUAGGAGCUAAGCCUACAAUCUUCGGCUUGGACACAUCGUUACUUCCUCUCAAGAAUCUCAUCAAGUGGAUUCCUUUCAUCAAGCUGCCUGUAGUGGCGAGUGGAACCUUCCAUUUUAGUGCCGAGGCUAUCCGCCGCUUGAAGUUAGAAACAGAAGCAGUGGGACUUGGACGACUCUCAACGAACGACGUCCUCUCGGCGCUCAUCUGGCGAUGCAUGACGAGAGCCAGAUUGGGCACUGGCAGCAUUUCGGAAGAACUAUCAUGUCUUUGCAUGGCUGCCAACGCGCGUCAGAGGAUACAGCCAAGUCUCCCUAAGGAGUACUUUGGCAACGCAGUCUUCACGAUUCCAACCCAUGUUGGCGUUCGUGACUUGACAGCUUCAGGCAUUGAUGCCCAAGCCAGAGCAUCGAUCGCCAUCCGCAAGUCUCUGACGGAGAAGUCUGACGACAACUACAUCCGAUCAUUCCUAAUGCUCGCACAGAAGCAAAGCAAGCUCUCUGACCUGAGACACGACAUCCACGUGUUUGGUGGCAAGGACAUCUUCAUGACGAAUUGGGAGCAGUACUUCACGUCGACCAGCGAGCUAGACGUUGGCUGUGGAUCAUUCAGACGCAUGAGGCUUCCUGCUGGGGAUGGAUUUGAUGGCUUAGUGAUGAUCAUGCUUCGUAUGGUCUUCGCGAGGCGGAAGGCACUGCAAGUCAUCCGGGCGGCAUUGAGAUCACUGUCGAUCUACAGGAGGACCAUAUGCAAAAGAUGCUGA